AGCAGCCUCCGUCCACACACCGCUCUCCUCUCACAGGGAUGCGCUGAAGAGACCACACAGUCCCCACAUCACCACAUAGAGCAGCCUGCUUCUCUUUAAAACAGCCCAGACGGAGAGAGCAACGAAGGAAGCUGCCGCGAACAGCCAGUAAUAGAAAAGACUGCUGCAGAGCUCUGCACCCCAGCAGGUGCUUCAGCCACUGUCCAGGGUGCUGAACUCCUAAACCACCACCACUGCCUCAGCUCUGCUACAUGCAAACUGACCUCUGCUGACCUUCCUCCAGCCACUGCAGUCUAACACCAACCACACAUCUUCUCAAGAAUGGAUGAGGGGUACCGAGACCGAACGGCCUUCAUUAAAGGCGCCAAGGACAUCGCUAAAGAAGUGAAGCGACAGGCGGGAAAGAAAGUGGGCCGCCAUGUGGACAAGAUGGCAGAUGAGUACACCAAACGUUCCUACACGCGCUUCGAGGAGGAAGACGAUGACGACGAUUAUCCCGUCCAGGCGCAGGACGGCAGCUACUACCGCAGCAACAGCCGUGCCAACGAUGACGAGGGUGCCCACAGCGACUCCACGGAGGGCCACGAUGAGGACGACGAGAUCUACGAGGGCGAGUACCAGGGCAUUCCGCGCAACGACUCGGUGGGCAAAGCUGAUGGGCAGCCAGGGGGCGCGGCCCACUCGCAGUUCCGGGACUUAACGCAGUACGAGGCCGAGCGGCGCAAGGACCAGGAGGAGUUGGCCCAGCAAUACGAGACCAUCCUGCAGGAGUGCGGCCACGGGCGCUUCCAGUGGACCCUCUACUUCGUGCUGGGGCUGGCGCUCAUGGCCGACGGCGUUGAGAUCUUCGUGGUGGGCUUCGUGCUGCCCAGUGCUGAGAAGGACAUGUGCCUGUCCGAGCCCAACAAAGGCAUGCUGGGUCUCAUUGUAUACCUGGGUAUGAUGGUGGGAGCAUUUGUGUGGGGGGGUCUAGCUGAUCGAAUCGGACGCAGGCAGACUCUGCUCAUCUCUCUGUCCAUCAACAGCGUCUUUGCUUUCUUCUCCUCCUUCGUCCAAGGAUACAGCUCCUUCCUGUUCUGCCGUCUGCUCUCCGGUGUUGGGAUUGGGGGUUCUAUCCCCAUAGUCUUCUCGUACUACUCUGAGUUUUUGGCUCAGGAGAAGCGUGGCGAGCACUUGAGCUGGCUCUGUAUGUUCUGGAUGAUUGGGGGAAUCUACGCUUCAGCCAUGGCCUGGGCCAUCAUCCCCCACUAUGGCUGGAGCUUCCAGAUGGGUUCAGCCUACCAGUUCCACAGCUGGAGGGUGUUCGUGCUGGUGUGUGCAUUCCCCUCGGUGGCUGCCAUUGCAGCACUCAACACCAUGCCAGAGAGCCCACGCUUCUUCCUGGAGAACGGAAAACAUGAUGAAGCCUGGAUGAUCCUGAAACAAGUCCAUGACACCAACAUGAGGGCCAAGGGCUACCCUGAGAGGGUCUUCUCUGUGACCACUAUCAAGACAGUGAAGCAGAUGGACGAGUUGGUGGACAUGGGAGGUGAGGCCACAGCCUGGCACCAGCGCUGGAGAAUCAAGCUCACCAAUCUCUUUCAUCAGGUGUGGGGCAACUUCCUGACUGUUUUCAAUCCUGAGUACCGCCGCGUCACCUACAUGCUGAUGGCUGUGUGGUUCUCCAUGUCUUUCAGCUACUACGGCCUGACCGUGUGGUUCCCUGACAUGAUCAAGUACCUGCAGAAGCAGGAGUACUCCUCCCGCACCAAAGUCUUCAUCAAGGAGAAAGUGGAACACGUGACCUUCAACUUCACCCUGGAGAACCAGAUCCAUCGCCAAGGAGAGUACUUCAACAACAAGUUUUUGAACCUGAAAAUGAAGUCUAUGGUCUUUGAGGACUCCCUGUUCGAGGAGUGCUACUUCGAGGAUAUCACCUCCACCAACACCUUCUUCAAAAACUGCACCUUCAUCGCCACCCUCUUCUACAACACAGACCUGUACAAGUACAGACUGAUCAACAGUCGUCUCAUCAACAGCACCUUCCUGCAUAACAAAGAGGGCUGCUUGCUGGACUUCAGCGACGAGAACAACGCCUACAUGAUCUACUUUGUCAGUUUCCUGGGCACGCUGGCUGUCCUGCCUGGGAACAUCGUGUCUGCUUUGCUCAUGGACAAGAUCGGACGCCUGAGGAUGCUGGCUGGCUCCAGUGUGAUCUCCUGUGUCAGCUGUUUCUUCCUGUCGUUUGGGAACAGCGAGUCUGCCAUGAUUGCCCUCCUCUGUCUCUUUGGAGGCAUCAGCAUUGCGUCGUGGAACUCCCUGGACGUACUCACAGUAGAGCUGUACCCGUCUGAUAAGAGAACUACAGCCUUUGGCUUUCUGAACGCCCUGUGCAAGCUUGCUGCUGUGCUGGGAAUUAGCAUCUUCCAGUCCUUCGUGGGCAUCACCAAAGCGGUGCCCAUUCUCUUCGCCUCGGGGGCGCUGGCAGCCGGCAGCUUCCUGGCGCUGAAGCUUCCGGAGACGCGGGGGCAGGUGCUUCAAUAGUGCAACCUCCCUGCCAGCAGGUGGCGACGUUGAAUACGAAGUGUUCCCCAAACCCCAUUGAUUGAGCCACGCUGCAAGCAGCGGAGAAAAACACACAAAAAAUACCAUUUUGUCCUCUCAUUACAGGAGAUAUAGAUGUUAUACCAUAGCCCCUCCAUUUUCUGUGUUGAACGAUUUCCGUCAUUUUAGCAAGGAGCAAACAGUUCUUAGCAACUCAAGUCAGAUUGUUGUACUGGGGUCAUUUCCCCUUAAGGUCAUGUAGUUGGGUGACGUCAAAACACCAAUCUUGCCGCAGAAAAGCCAUCCGUCGUUCAAACCAGUCUUGUGCAAGUUCCUCUCAUCCAAAAAAAUAGGGUUAAGAUUCACACUUUCUCGUAUUUGUCUAUAUUAAAGUGGCACAGUCUUAAGGAUGUUGGGUUUGAGUCCUGGGCUGCAGGUCUGAUCUUGUCCUUAUCUCCAGUGUCCUUACAGGGAAAACAGAGGUUGUGUGUGUGUUUAUGUCAAGUGUACGUAUGUGUGCGUCAAACAACUGCCAUUUUAGACACAUUCCAGGUUUAUUUAUAGUUUGAACGUGAGAACCGGUUUGUGAUGAGUUUGACUUCUCCCUUUAAUCUUAGUCCAAGCCAUUCUGUUUGCUGGGAACCAUGGGUGAGAAUGAUGGGUGUUGUCAGUGGGUUGAUUUUUAAUGCACGGACAGUGUUUUGAGUGUUUUUGCUCUAGUGUGGUGCUGGUUGUUGUUGUUAUUUUCCGCUCGCGAUAUCGUGAGAACUCUCUUCUAAAACGACGUGAAUAGUGGACAUGUGCGUGUGACAAAGUGUCUCUCUCCAACAGUCCAACAGUCUUCGCUUUUGGAUCACAGCUGUUUGUGGAAGGGAAUGGUAGAAUCACCAGUGCACUAUAGCGUAGUUAAAGGUUUUAUUUAGGAAAAACAGAAAGACGUUCAGUUGUACGCCAUGAAGAGAAUGCUGGUAUUCUUUCAGAAAUGGCUUUAUUGAAAGUGUUGAGCAUAUAGGCCCAAUGAAGUGUGGAAAUACAUAAGAAUAUGUUUAUGACAGUAUAGUAUAUAUGACCUAAGUGCUGCCCCACCUCGUACUCUGCCCAUGAUGGUUUCUAAGGCCCUGUUCAUAAGUGGUACUGACGUCCGUCCAAAGUGAUCUGAUCCUAAAUAGACAGUGAGACGUAUAGCCGUUUACAUGUGGCAUUUCCAUGGAUCUCGAAUGCAUCUCCAGUCACCUAAUGUGAUUGGAUUUCUGACAUUUACUGCACCAGUCUCUUGCUCCAUUUGUUGUCAGACAAUAAUGUGCUUGGUUGCGUAAAUGUACAGGCUGAUUAGAGAGUCUCACAUUGUUGUUGGGACAUUUUUAGUGUUCACACUACAAAUAAGAAGUGGUCAUAUGCAUCCCUGACCACCUGAGUGAUUAGAUCACAGUGCGUCUCUGAGAUGCACCAGAAAGUGCUAUCAACUUAUGGUUGGACCACCCAAGACAUAAGUUAAUGCCAGGUGUGGACAGGGCCUGAGAUGAUGUAAAAUAUGUGAUAUAAUAAGACUGUGGUUGCCCCUAUGAAAAUGAAAUAUAUUGUUAUAUGUUGUCAAUAUAUUCAAAAUAUAAAUAGGAUGUAUUGUAGUAUAUUUUCAAUAUAUUACUUUUUGUAUGGGCAUGCUGUGUCCCAUCACAAACCAUGUUAUAAGCCCUUUCCAGAACGAUCAUUACCUACUGUAUAUUUGCGUUCGUCAAACACCGCCAGUUCCAUGCAGGCCCAUCAUUCCGUCCUCUUGUUCUCCUUGAUCGUGCAUUUUCUGAUGAGGAGAAUGCAAAAAAAAGUUCUAGUGAUUAAAAUAUUUUAAAAAAUGUCUUUUCUUCCAUCAACACAAGGUUUCUUGAAAAAGACAAAAAAAUCACAAGGGAAAAAAUAAAAAACAAAUCAAGCACAAGAUGGUUUGAUGAGACUAUCAAAAACCCAAUAGGUUUAUUUUGAAAAUGAUGUAAAUUAUGUACUGAAUAUAAAUAUACAGUUGAGUCUGUCUGUUUGAACACUCUAGCUAAUAUUAAAUAUAUAAAUAUAUAGGGGAAAAAUCUGAUUAGACGAAAUCUUUCUGUUUCAGAUGUUGAAAUAGUACCAUAAUGUCUUAGAUAGGUUCUACUUGAUGUCUGUAUAUAUAUAUUGUUUUAAGGUACUUUUAUUUUGAACAAAAACAAAUAUUCAGAGACCUGGUAAAUACAAAUGCAAUCCAUGCGUAACUUGUCCGUUCAAACUUUCUUUUCUGUUCUUACGGCGACAAAGAGGUAUCUGUAGGUGUGUAUGUACGUAUGUGUGCGUGUGCUUGCAUGUGAAACGUUGAGGUGUUCCACAGAAUAUUUGUAUUUAUUAUUUAUUUAUAUGAUGGCGAGUUUGAUUUUAUAGUAUUUUUUACUUUGGAUGUCUGUAGAAACAGGUUGUGCCACAAGCAGGGUGAAUUUAUCGCUGUGUCGUUCACAUCUCUACAAUUGAACACUGGAGACGUUUUAAUGAAAGUCCGGUUUAAAAAAAUGCUGGACGUUAAAACAUUAAAUAGAUCUGAUGAGCAAAACUGAUACUGGGGGCGUCAGAGGAAGCCAGCUGAGUGAACAGCACAGAAAUGUAUCCAAAUGACUUUCUGUUGUGAUUUUCAGUCUGGUGAUUUAUGUUUUCUCCAGCGUAGACAGCACCUGAUCAUAUGUUCCGUACAAUUCUUACUAAAUAGACUAAUAAGGACUGCCUUCCGCUAACUACACAGAUCCUUUUAGCAGCAAACCAGAUUUCCAGUCUCGGAUGCUUCCGUUUGCGGAUAGUGCUUAUCACAGCGACAAUGCAGAGGUGUCACUCUUCUUUACUGCCAUUUUGUAGGAUAGCAGCCAUACUCUAGACGUACUCAGACAAAAAACACAUUACAGUAAGCUGGUCCUCUCUACUUCAGCAUCAGAUUAACUUAGUAGCAUUAUGAUUUGUUACCAAAGUAGUUUUGGAAGUGACUGCGAUCAAUUUCAAGCACAAUCUGACUUCAGUCAGCUAGAUUACUGUACAUGCCUAAUCUCAGUGUCAUACAGUCAGGCAAAAAUCAUGACUAGGCUAAAUCAGGCUUUAGGAGAUUCCAGUACAAAUCGCUCCAGGAACGGCCUCCACUUCUUCGCCAUGAGGUCAGUAGGAAACCACAUCACAGAUUGCAUUAGUGACAAUCUUUACGUGCGCCACGUGUGAUCGCCAAAAAUGGUCUACUUCUUCAGCUCAGACUUGAGCUGGUAUGAUGCGAAAAGGAAGCAGAGACUGGUUUCAAACGCUAAUAGGAGCCAAAAAAACGAGCGCUGUCGCUCAUGUAGGACCCAAACCGUAGGCGCACAAUAUUCUACUCAGUUACAAUCGAAAAGAGCAACAAACCUGUACUGAGCCCCUAAAGGACCUUUGAAAGAAAUGUGAAGUCAAAGUGAGCCGGAAAAUUUAAACGCUUUUCUCUUAUGUGCCACGACGUGUUUACGAGUAUCAGAGAAUGUCUAAGCUAGCUUUGUUUCUACACUUCAAUCAAAUGUUACAUUUAAGCAUUUGGCAGUUGCUCUUUUUCAGAGCGACUUACAAUUUAAUCAUGUACAGAGGGCAAUUGUAAAGUUAGGAGUCUGGCCCAAGGACUUGUUGGUGUGCUUGCCUGGGUAGGGCAUUGAACCCGUUAGCUGGAUGGAGGGCUGUAUUACUCACACUACACCAACAACAUUAGUGAUUAUAACAGUAUAGUAUGAUGAAUUGGAAGUAAAUCCUCAUACUGCUGUAUAGUAUGAGGAUUUACAUUUUUUCCAUCGACCUUUAGGGGCUCAGAAAAAGCUGUUAUUUUUUAAUUUAUCAGGGAAUAAUUUUGAGCUCACAUAGGAAAAGCACAUCCCAAGUCAUUUCCGAAAGUUCCCGUACUUCAGUAGGCUAUCACUGCCAAGUUGGCCAAGCAAAUUUUUUGCCGAGAUCUGUUCUCAUCCGCAGUUGUACAGCUUGUAUCUCUUAGCCGUCACGUCUCUUCCGUGUUGUCCUUGGUCCGCCCAUUGAACUACAGACGAGGAUGUCAAUAUUUGCUGUCGUAUGCUGUGAAAUCGCUGAACUACAGUAAACGAUCUCAGUGAAGCUAUGACUUUGUACGUAAAAGCAGUCCUAGAAUUUGUGAACUUCACCUGUUUGGAUUGUUACUGGUUGUUUAAUUAUUGUUAUUAUUAUUUUUUUUAUGUUUUUUGUUACAGGGUCUUUUUGUAAUUCUGAACGUGCUCACUUAGCAGCAGUCCAUCGCGUGUGCAAAAAGAAAUCAAAGCAAUAAGUGACUGACAGGUUUCUUUGCUCCGACCCCCCCAAGCUAUUUGGGAAAAGAAAGCACACUGAAAACAAACAGGCCACAUGCGACGAGAUGUGUAGUGAUUAAAAGAGAAGAAUAUAUAUAAAUAUAUAGAGAACUAUCUAAAAGGCCAAUGUCCACCAUUCUACAAAUAUCCCAUAGGUCUUUUGAUGCUUUUGUCAAUAACAAUGUAUUGCCAUAAUUUAAAUGUGACAAAGAGUUUAUCACCUUAUCAUUGUACUGUGCUGUAGAGAUUGUAGUUGUUUGUAUGUAAAAGUAUAAAUAUGUGGAACAAUAAAAAAUGAAAAAGACAAAAACCGUUGAACACAAGAAAUAGAGUACUAUUGUAUGUUGUUCAUUUUUGUGAUCCGUUUCUUUUUGUACAUGAGAAUGACAAUGGCGUGAAGACGUUGACACUAUCGUUGAACUCGGAGACUAUUUCAAUGUUACACCAAAAUGGUUCUGUACUAAGGUUCGUGAGAGGCGCCUCAUUUUCCGAGUCACGCUGGGAAUUGCGCUGCACCUGUGCGGUGAACUAACCCUGUUCUUCAAUGAAAUGAAACCUACAUAUGGAUAAUAAACAAAUGUCAUGAAGACCA